CACUCAAAAGAAGAAGUUUCACCUUAUAAUUAAUUAGGAAGUGGAAAUGUUAAAGAAUUAUUCAAAGAUGAAGUUUUGUAGUUUGUGGUUUAUGUUGAUGAUGGGAACAGGAUUAGUGGCACAAGUGCAAAGCAGUCCAUGCACAAGCACAUUCUUCUCUUCACUUGUGCAACUCAUUCCUUGUAGGGCAGCAGUGGCUCCUUUUAGCCCUAUUCCACCAAGUGAUGCUUGUUGCAAUGCCCUAAAGGCACUAGGACAACCAUGUCUUUGUGUCCUUGUCAAUGGUCCUCCAAUCUCUGGGGUAGACCGUAGCAUGGCCUCAUUGCUCCCAGACAAGUGCACAGCAAACUUUGAACCAUGUGAAACCAUGUGAUAAGGUGAAGUUGGACCUGUGGAAUGAUAAUUUUCUUGAAGGGUUUUUAUAUAGGAGUAAUUUAUGUAGUACUUCCUAUAAUAAUGUUAUAAGAGAUGGGAUUGUCAUGUAGGUAGGAAUAGGUUUUAAUCCAUGUUGUAGCAUCUGAUCCUUCUGGGUUACAAUAGUUAAUUGUUGAAGAAAUAAAAUAUGGUCAAAAUUAU